AUGCUCGAUCGGGCCCUCAAGAAGCGUAGCGAUAUCCAAAGCUUCCUCCAGAAGAAUCUCUCUGAACCCGACCCCCAUAAACGUAUACCGGAAGACGACGUUCUGACCUUUGAGGAUUGGCGCCUCCUUGUAGAACUCCGCGAGGCUCUUGAGCCAUUAUACCGACAAACAAUCCGCGCGCAUGGAUGGGCUAAGAAUGGAAGCCAUGGGGCGCUCUGGGAGUUACUCGUGGUACCAGAGACUCUCCCCGAGUAUCUACAACUCGUCGGAGAGGUCGUCAACCUCUAG